AGCUUCUCCUCCUCCUCCGUCAAGAUUUAACGUCGAGAAAUAAUGGAAUAUUCCGGGCAUAAUGGUGUAAAGGGAGAGCGAAUAUACUGAGGACAGAUCCCGUCAAGUUUGGCGGGACUCGCGCAUGACCUUGAGAAAUAUAAAUAGCCCUCCCUCUCAUUCUUGGAUUUCAACAACAACAACAAGCUCUUUGCGUCCCCCCACCGUCCUUUUUAUUUCCCCAUCUUUGAAAAUUAAUUGAAAUAAAAAUAUUAUGGCUUUGAAGGCUGUCCAUGUUUCCGACGUCCCUAACCUCGAUCAGGUGCCGGCAAAUGCCUCCUUGCAGCGUUGCUCCACCCGCAUCUCCAAAGGUGUGGAAUUUGGCCUGGUGGCAUCGAGAAUACCAAAGUUUCUGGUGAUCGGACACCGAGGAAAUGGAAUGAACGCUUUACAGUCAUCUGAUCGGAGAAUGAGAGCCAUCAAGGAAAACUCCAUUAUGUCGUUCAACACUGCUGCCAAAUACCCUCUUGAUUUCGUCGAAUUCGAUGUCCAGGUAACCAGAGAUGGCUGCCCCGUCAUAUUUCACGACGACUUCAUCCUCACCGAAGAUCAGGGAACUGUGUUUGAGAAGAGAAUUACUGAACUGUGUCUGACGGAGUUCCUAAAUUAUGGUCCACAAAGAGAGGCAGGGAAGGAAGGAAAGCCAUUGUUGAGGAAAAACAAAGACGGCCAAAUUGUUAGAUGGGAUGUUGAAAAUGAUGACUCCCUCUGUACCCUCCAAGAAGUCUUUGAGAAGGUUCAACCUUCUCUUGGCUUCAACAUUGAGAUCAAAUUCGACGACCACAUUGUUUACCAGGAGGAAUAUCUCAUACGCGUCCUCCAAUCCAUCAUGAAAGUUGUGUUUGAGUACGCCAAAGAUAGGCCCAUUGUAUUCUCCACAUUCCAGCCUGAUGCAUCGAUCCUGAUUAAGAAGUUGCAGAACACCUACCCUGUCUUUUUCUUGACAAAUGGUGGGAAUGAGAUUUACUAUGAUUUGAGGAGGAAUUCUUUGGAUGAAGCAAUGAAGGUGUGCUUGGAGGGUAGUUUGGAUGGUAUAGUGUCGGAGGUGAGAGGUGUCUUCAGAAAUCCUGAGGUGGUGACCAAGAUCAAGGAGUCCAAGCUUUCACUUCUAACCUAUGGCAAACUAAAUAAUGUUCCGGAAGCUGUAUACAUGCAACACCUAAUGGGAAUUGAGGGAGUGAUUGUGGAUUUUGUGGAAGCGAUCACAGAGGCAGUGUGUGAUAUGAUAAAGCCAUUUGCGGCGACAGAAGAAGACGGGGACAAUUUGUUAGAAGGGGACGGGAAGAUGCAAUUGAAAUCAAAGCCGCAGUUCUCCCAGAGGGAGCUUUCCUUUCUGUUGAAGCUCAUUCCAGAGUUGAUACGACUCUGAACGUUGAUGCCAUUUUGGGUUUGAGAUUUUUCUACUGUUUAAGUGGGCAUCAACCAAGAUGUGCAGCCGGUCCAAUUUGCUAAUCAGCAUCAUCGUAUAUGCAUUGUUGUACAUAGAAAUUGGUCACAGACGAAAAGGAAAUUGGUCAUGGAGGAAAAGAGUAAUUACCUGCCAGCUUGUAAUUUGUUUACGGGAGGAGCAUACUUGUGGGUUUGUCUGUAUCCUACACACACUUGUGUGUGUUGAAUGGUGAAUGAUGAGUUUGAUAAAAUGUACGGUGGGUGUGAGAUGUUUGUGUGUGGAUGAAAGUGCUGAUGCAUUCCAUGCUAGCAGAAUUCUCCCAUACUUGUAUCGAUUUGUAGUUUAUUGUUCUUGUUUGGUUGAUCGGGACGUAAGUGUACUUGGCACCUCUCUUAGAUGAUGUCUAUUAUUAGUCUUUUGUUUAAUAUCAUGUACUUGGCAGUUGGCACCUCCGCUCCAACAUCCCGAUUAAUUUGGAGUACCAAUUUUCGUUA